AUGUCCCUCAUUAUGGCACAUCUAGAAAAUCUUGUUGAAGAAAUGCACUCUUUACCCUCACCCUCACUACCUCCGUUCUCCUCCUCCUCGUGUAGUAACAAAAAAAACCCAGGAUAUGAUUUACUUCCUUGGUAUUUGAGAAGAUGCCUGGAAUUCUGCUUCAUAUUCACCCCUGGUUUCACCUUUUACAAGAAAGAUUUGGUCUUAUUAUGGGUAGCUGGGGGACUUGUUCACCCUGUUGCUGGACGUAGCUUGGAGGAGGAAGCAAGCCAUUACUUUGAUCUAAUGGUGUCUUGGAACUACUUUCUGGUCGCAUAUCCAGAUCACCCUGAACCAGCUUUUACAUCAUUGGACCUGGACCUAGACCCUCCUCUGUACAAACUAAGAUUUGACUGGAUAAACAUUGAUCGCUUUACCAUGGACCAUGAAUUCGUGCGCCACUGUCUGUUUGAUGGUCUUGUCUCAGAGAAGGCACGCCAUGCAUCUAUGGGUCGCUGUUCCAUAUCUGAAGGAUGGCUACAACCUUCAAGGGGUUUACGCACAAUCUUCCUUAGGAGGAGAGGCACCCACUGUUACUCCAACUCUCCAUUGAAUGAUGCUGGGCAAUUGUUCCUAAAGGUAAGAUUCCUACGUGUACUUGAUCUGUCACAUGCCGGUUUCAAAAGUCUUCCAGAUUAUGUUUGUGACUUGCUCCAUCUUAGGUCUCUAAAUCUCUCCUAUAAUCCAAUCGAGACAUUGAGUAGAUCAAUCAUCAAUCUCUUUCGGCUUCGAACCCUGAACCUCUUUCGUUGUCAUGAAUUGACCAGCAUUCCUGACAACCUGUGCUUGUUGUCUAACCUGCGCCAUCUUGUUAUUAGUCUUGUUAAAUUGAAUUUGAUGCCUACAUUUAUUGGGAGAUUGACCUCUCUUCAAACACUACUUCAAUUCACCAUCCUAAGGAAAGAUGGGUGUCAAAUUGCAGAGCUAAGAAACCUAAAUAACCUUUGUGGGGAGCUUAGCAUUGAAAAUCUCGAGAAUGUGGCAACUUUGGAUGAGGCUAAGGGAGCAAGGUUGCAUCUCAAGACUGGUAUUCACAAAUUAUCCUUGGUUUGGUCCGAAAACGAACCUAAUGCAAAUUUUGACAUUGCCCGAGGUCUUUGA